AUGCCGUUCCUUGCUCACAAAAAGUUGACGGUCCCGACCCAAGAUCUUCUGUCGUGGAUUUUCGACAAGGCAGACUAUGACCCUGAUAAACCAAUCUAUAUCGACACUUCAAACCCUUCCCGAACACUGUCCCUGAAUCAGGGACUCGGCAUGGUCCGGAAGCUCGGUGCUGGAUUCCGAGCAGCAGGGCUAAAAAAGGGAGAAUGUGUCUGUGUGCACUCCUUCAACGAUAUCUACUACUCGGUCCUUUUCUUGGGCAUCCUUGCCGCCGGGGGCAUUUUCGUGGGGACGAAUCCUUCCUAUACGCCCUUCGAGCUGAAGCAUCAUCUCAAGACCUCGGGCGCAAAGUACGUCGUCGCUGAACCUGAAUUGCUGGAUGCAAUCAAGACUGUCUCGGGGGACUGUGGCAUUCCCGACUCCAAUAUCCGAAUCUUCAAUGUCAAAGGCCAGGAAGUGCCCGAGGGAUUCCAGUCCUGGUCGGAGCUGAUGCGUCAUGGAGAGCGGGACUGGGACCGAUUCGACGACGAAGAGAUUUCCAGCACGACGCCGGCUGCGUUUCUGUUCAGCUCGGGAACCACUGGACUUCCAAAAGCAGCAGUGGUGUCUCAUCAUAACCUGGUCGCCCAGCACACUCUUGCGAUAGCACCCGAUGUGGUGCCCUGGCAGGUCCGGCGUCUUCUAUACAUGCCCAUGUUUCACGCAGCGAUCGUCCCCGUGGGUCACACGACCCCGUUCAAGGCAGGCCACGAGACCUACGUGAUGCGACGGUUCGAGAUGAGGGAGUUUCUGCACUCGAUCCAGGAAUUUAAAAUCACCGACCUGUCCAUCAGUCCACCUGUAGUGGUCAUGGCUCUGGCAAGUCCACUGCUCAACCAGUACGACCUCACAUCGGUGAAAUGGUGCAGGUCCGGCUCCGCACCGUUGGGCAAAGUGCACCAGCGGGCAUUUGAAAAGCACUUGGCCCCCGACGGCGUCUUCAACCAAGUCUGGGGCAUGACGGAGACGACCUGUGUCGCUUCCAGGUUUUGGUACCCGGAAAGUGACUCCACGGGGAGCAUCGGACGGUUCAUCGCGAAUUUAGAUGUGAAACUCGUCGAUGAACAAGGCAAUGAUGUCACAGCGGUUGGAGCAAAGGGUGAACUUCUCGUGAGAGGUCCUACCAUCAUCAAAGGCUACUACAAGAACCCCGCAGCCAACAGAGACUCUUUUGAUCAAGAUGGAUAUUUCAAGACAGGCGACAUCGUUUCCUGUGGAAGAAUCGUGGAAGAUAACGCCCCAAGCCAGACCAGUGUUCGAAACGGGGGCGAAACGAUGACAGAGACCGCCGUUACGGCGAAGUGGUACAUUCACGAUCGCAAGAAAGAGCUUAUCAAGGUGAGAGGGUUCCAGGUGUCGCCUGCCGAACUGGAAAAGGUCCUCCUGCAGCACCCGGCCGUCGUGGACGCGGCGGUCAUCGGCGUCAAGGUCUACCAUGACGCCACCGCCUCUUCUCUGUCCUCCAGCAGUCCCAUUGACAGUGGGAAGGACGGCGAACACCCUCGCGCCUAUGUGGUGCUGGGGCCCGGGAAACAUGCGACCGAGGCGGACGUGAAGGACUGGUGCGCUCAGCACCUGGCCAAAUUCAAGGCUCUCACAGGAGGGGUGAGAUUCAUUGAUGCGCUACCGAGAAAUGCAGGGGGGAAGCUCUUGAAAGGCGUCCUGAGAGAGCAGGCUGCCAAAGAAGCUGGAGUGGACGCAUCAGAGACGCGGCCGAAUAGAGAGGACAAGACCAGUUCUGCCCUCAGGGCCAAGCUUUGAUUCCCGGCGCAGGAUGGCCAUAACUCGCAGAUGAAGACUCCCUAGAUAACGGAUAAUCUAGAGAUAUGUAGCAGUGAGCACAUAGCACAUAUGCGUAUGCAAG